AUGCGGGCUUCGAAUCUAAGAGAUUCCGAUUUGAAAUACCGAGAAAUAAACCACAACGACGGAGAAGAUAUACCACCUCCAGUGCCUGAAGACCAUAGGCAUUGGAAUCUUCUCCUAUACAUUGUGAUCUCAAUCCUUGCAACUGGGUGGACUACGACCACAGUUCUCUGUUGGAAAUUAUCUACUACAGCACCCGCAAUUAAUGGCAAGUUCCCGCUCGGCACGCUCACCCCUAUUCCAGAGGAUGUGUUUAAACCAGUGAGGAGGAUCGAGGACCCUGACAGGUGGGGGUUGCCCGAGGGCAUCGUCGCGCCAUUCGAUCAUCCAAACGAAACCGAUCCCCCAAAACACGAUUUCUACGUGAUCUCAAUCCUUCACCAGCUUCACUGUUUAAACAUGGUUCGCUUUCAGUUCUGGCAGGCUCGGGACGGUGUCGACCUCGAUACCGAACACGAUGCGGUCAAAUGGAAUCUACAUGUCCUGCAUUGCUUUGAAUAUCUCCGGCAAGCGAUCUCGUGUGGAGGAGAUCUCAUAAUAGAGGGAUCAAGUCCGAUCAAAGUUGGAAAUGGGCAUGCUACUUCGGUUACUGGCUGGGGAGUUCAGCAUGACUGUAUUGAUUUCGAGCUACUGCGUCAGUUUCAGAUUGAACAGGAGAGAAAAUACAAUCUGACCUGGCAGCAUGAUUUCCUUGGCUGA